AGACACCUCCCUCCAUUGGAAUGUGACAGUUGACAUUUGAGUUGUGGCCCAAACACAGCUAUUUAGUUUGUUUGUUUGGUAGUUCGUUGUUAUUGGUUUGAAUUGUGCGUGUCUUGCACGAAAUCGUAAAAAAAGAGAGUUUUAUUUUAUUGAACAUUCCACGAAAUCCAUUGAAAUAGAAAUACUAAGAAAAUACAUGGUAUUUUUGUUUGAUUCCAGUUAAAAUAUUCGCUACAAACAUGAGUGCCGGCAAGGAAAAUGAGAAUAAACGGAAUGAAAACUCAUUGCGGUCAAAUCCAAUGCGAGAAGUAGAUGCGUCAAAAGUCGUAGUCAAACCACUGAAGCGACCGAUACCGAAUAAAUCUACACACGCCCCAAAUGCGACAAUCAAAACGAAAUCAAACACAGCGACCGCAACGAAAAUCACAAAAUUGGUUCUCAAGCCAAAACCCGUCGCAUCCAAAAGUUCGUUAACGUCGAAAGUGACAAGCCAGAAAUAUAUCACAAAACCGGUUGCAAUUAAGUCAAGGUCGACCAUGAUUUCACAUGAGUCUACCUUUCGCAUACGAAAUAUCAGAAAGGUAUCGCCGCCAAGCGAACGACAAAAGGGAAAAAGUGAAGUGAUUGUAGUAAAUAGCUCGAAAAUUUCGCAACAGUUGACUGUAAGUGGAAAUAAUUCUAAAAUAAAUGACACCAUUGUUGUGAAUCAACCAUUUGAAAUGGUACACAGUGAGCACAGUGCAAACAUAACCUCUUUGAAUGUAACAAAAAUUGUGAGCAGUCCAAUUUUACAAGAAAUUACAUCGACUGUGGUGAAUGGAUCGAAUUUAACCAAAAGUUCUGUGCAUGAAAUCGAAACGAAAGUUCCGGAAAAUGUGAAAAGUCUGAAAAAAAUUGCAAACCACUGUGAGAAUGAGGUCAAAAGCAAACCAAAAUCCUAUGAUCCGAUCAAAGCCCGGCAAUUUAUUCGGAUGCAGAAAGAGAAGCGAAAGGAAAUUGAAAAAGAGAAAUCUAAGACGCCAGCCACUAAAGAGGAGAUUAAACAGCGACUGUCCGCAUUGCGUUCGAACACAUUGAAAAUUGUUGGGAAAAAUGUGCAGAAAGCGCGCAAAAGUGUUAAUACAAAUCCAGGCAAUUCGAAAUCAUUUACACCGAAAACCAUGAAAAAACCACCACAAUCGAAUAUUCAAAAACAAAAAGAAACAAAGCCAACUUCGAGUGUGUUGCAAACGCCUCAGCAGCUUCGACUGCAGUCAAAAAUAUCGCCAUCUCUUGCCUUAACGCCAUCAAAAUUCUUGCCAUCGAUUAAGUCUGAUAAAAAUCGUAUCGGAAUUCUACGCCGUCCCGAAGGAGUUUCACCGACCAUCGAAUCCACCGACACACACAUAGUACAAACGUUGUCUGAUGGCAGUGCCAAUGUUGAACAACAUUCAGAAUCAAAUAUUGACCCCAACAUAUCGUUAGAGAAAUCAAUUCAUAAUUCUACCUUCAGAAGUGAGCCAAGAUUGUGUGAGUUUGAACUUAAAGUGCCUGAAACCGUUCCGUUAAAAUCAUCACUACUCCAUGAGAUCUCGAAUAAUGGUGUUCAAGAUGAGGUACAACAUGAUAACAGAGAUAAUGAGCAGCAUUUUGAAGAUACUGUUGCAAAACCAAGGGAUAUUCCGUAUUGGUUGCGACCAACACCAGUGCAACCAUACCCGUAUAACUUCAUUAUGGCGGUAAGAAAAAAGUUGGAAUCAAUUACACAUCCAGUUGUUUCGCUCAAACCACGGCAAUGGCCAAAUCCCACCGAACAUGCAUCCUUGCACAGCCCAUUGGCGCGACCGAAUACCAUGUUUGAGUCACACUUCCGCCGUAAUUUAGAGCGGCGACAAAGUGAGUCGUCCGAAAAUGUACAAUCAAGUGAUGUGAGUCCACGAAAAUCGUCCAAUCACAUUGAAAAUUCUCCCGAUCAAGAAGAAUACUCAAUGGAUUUCUCAUCAGUUGUAUUCGAAUCGAAACGGGAUCGAAGCAAUGCCGUUUCUAAAUCAAAACGAAAAAGUGUUAGCGGCUCACAAGACACUCUAUCCAUAUCAUCGGGAAUUUUAUCACAUUCAAGUCCUGAAAAGAAGAUGCGAAGCAAAACAACGAAUGGGACAGGAUUUGAAAAAGACGAUAAAGCAUGGCAACCAAGCCCAUUGACAACCGACAAUGUUGAUGGAUUGCAUAUUACAAGCCGCAGUUUAUCGCAAAAUGAACGAAUAUCUAAUGCAAAUAGUGUAGUUAGUCACAAAUCGGCUGCAUCAAGUGCUACGUCUCAUAUUAACUUUGGUCGAGGCAAACAUUACAGUGGCCGCGGCCUACCAACUUUUGAUCAACUUAGCGAUCAACAAAGUCUCGCACAGUUAUUAGACGAUUUCAAAUCAAGUCUGAGUCAAGCCAUUGAGGCGAAUCAACAGUUGCGUGAUUUGCUAUCGAAUCCACCAUCGAGCCGGCAGCCAUCGAGUCGAUUCAGUCAGUACAGUGAUGAUUUUGAACAUACAAGUGAAAAUAAACAAAGCGACAUCAGUGAAUGUAUCACCGGUCCCAAUGAUCUGUCAAGCAAAUCUAAAUACAACGAGAGCACAUUGCAAACAAAUGGCCAACUUACUGUUGAUAAAAAUAGUUCGGUAAAUGAAACUGAUCGAGUUGAAGUUAGUCAUAGCAACGUAUCAACUGCAACUAAUGUCAUUGAAAACUACAGUAACAUUACGACGAAUGUGAGCACUUCAAAGCAAAACUAUAGCGAAAAAACCGUUUCAAAUGAUUUUGAAGAGAGUCAAGAAAAAGAAGAGGAAGAGGAGGAGGAGGCGGAAAGUACCCGUGUACCGAAAGAGUCAUCCACUUUGAUUGAAGAGAAAAUUGACGAUUAUCAAUCGAGCGAAUCUCCGACAAAUAAUGAUUUGAAAAGCGUAUCAUUAUCCAUUGCAAAGAUGUCGGCUCCAACGACGAGUGAUGACACCGACCAACCAUCAAACGCAAUUGAAUCGUUCAGUAAGCAAAUCAUCGGCGAUGCAGAUGUGGCAAAUGAAAGCAUUGGCAGCGAUAUUUUCAACAUUUUCAAUAAGACAACGGGUGUGAGUCUGAUGGAAGAUGUGAACCAAUCGAUUUGGUCGGAGCAUAACAUUAGCUAUUCAACAUUGGGAAUGUGUGACCAACUGUUAAAGUCUGAAACGCGUAAAAGUGAAGACUUGGCAUCACUGCUGAAAAUCCGUGAAAAGUCAUUAAUUGAUCGAUUCAAGGGGCAAAUUGCCUGGUUGGAAUUGCAAAAGCAGAAAUUCAAAGAAAAUGGCCUCACAUCGGAAAUCAGUAUGAUAAAGAAAAAGCAACGUGCUCUGUUACUUCGCCUAAACAAUGAUCGAAAGGAAUUGCAUCGUGUAUUGAAAGAGCGACAGCAAUCUGAGAAUGCGAUGCGCAAUUCAUCGAUUGUAAAUUUCAAUAUAUCGCAUAUGAGUACAAACAUGAGCAUUCGCAAAACAUCAAUUUCGAAGCAAUCCGACAGUACUUCAGCCAAACGAGCACUUAAAGCGAUUGAAUUACCCGGCGGUGGUGUUGCACUCGAAACUAUGUUACAAAAACGGGAAAAUGAAUUGCGCCGUCGGCGUGAACAUGUUGAAAAAUUAUUAAGAUGGCAUCAGCGUUUGGAUGUUGAAGAGCGUGAGGUGAUAAAAAUGGAGCAAAUGAUUAUGUACAUUUCAACGAGUGACGUUUAUCAAACAACAACUUCACAUGAACAAAUCAAUGACACAUUGGCAAUCACCGUGCAACGCAACAGCAAACGAACGAACUGUCAACGCAACGAGAUUUCAGUGCAUGAACGUUCGUUAACGAAUGUCAGUGAUUUGGUUACAAUGGAAAAAACACGGUUUGAGCAUCGAAAACAAAAACAAAUUCAUAAAAUUGAAAAAAGUUUAAAUACACUAAAAUUAAUAUCGUCGCAAAGCAUUUCAUCCGAUAUUGAUGGUUCAACGGUGGACGAUGUGGUGGAAAUUUUUGGUCGUCAAUUGAAUAAAUUGUGGAAACGAUUGACGGGUGAAUAUGAGAAAAAAUACACACCAGACAAAGUGUAUAAGUUGAGCAAAUCGGAUUUGGAAUUGCUGUAUGAACAAGCAAAAUGCGUGGUUUUAAAGCAAUUUCAUAAAAAUGAUGAGUUUAAACGUCGUCUCAUUGACAAUUCCAUGUCAAUUAUUGAUGAGAGUCAACGCCAUAGCAUUUCAACGCCACAACUUGCCGUAAACGAAACAAAUAUCGAGAAAAAAUCAUCGGAACAAGAAAUGCCGACAUUGAAUUUGGUCAGUUCACCAGAGCCAAGGGAAAAUGUGAUCUCAGACACGGACCAAGGUUAUUAUUUUUCAAAUAAUAGUAAUAAUGAAGAAAUCAGUGAGCAACAAAAGCAAACAAAAACUGAUGCACAAAGUGUUGAAGCAUCAACAUUGGAUGGCACUUCGGAAAAUCUUGAAAGUAGCCAAAUUCGAACCGAGCAAACGGUGGAAGAAGAUGAACAGAGUGAAAGUAUUCAGGAUGAAGUUCAAUCGGAUAUUACCGAAGAUUCGCUUAACAAACCAAAAACAACAAGUAGCGAAGAUGUUAGCCCAUCGCACAUUAAAACAAUAUCCCAUGCUAAUGAAUCACGCGUCAAUGAAAGUGGAGCAUCAUCACAAAUUCCAUCGGCCAUUGAAACCAGUCAUACCACCGUACCUUUUGAACUAAACAUUUCUGAGAAUCACACGCAAUUGAUUGAAGAAACGUCAUUCCCGAACAUCGAUAUUCAAACGACCGUUUCAAGCGUGAUUGAAAGUGAUUUGAGUAUGGUUUCAAAGAGCUCAGUGUCACCGGUGAAAAAAUCCACAUCAAACAUCAGCUCACGCCCAUCCGACGAACAAAAGUACCAGUCCAAUGAUUUUGAAGAUGGUAAAAGUGCCGAUGAACUAACCUCAAUUUCAACGGCAACUAUCACCAAAAUUGCAACAACAAUAACAACACCAACAACAAUAAAUCAAUCAACUGAACAAACCGUCACACCGCAAACUGAAUCACCAAAAGAAUUGGAGCAACGUUUAAUUCUAAUCGAUGAUGGACUAAAAGAGUUACAUGAAAUUAUUUCGCAUUCACCGGUGUUACAAACGGAACGUGAAAGUGGAAAUGGCAGUGAAGGUAUUGAAAGUGAAAAAUCAACAGGUACCAAAUCGCCGUUAUCUGACAAUGAGCUUAAGGCAGAUGAUGAUGAAAAUAAAUCAACGGAAAGUGGAAAAAGUGAAGAGAAUUCCGAAACCAACAAUGAAAAAACGGUUGAACAUGAUACUCCAUCCGAAUCGACGGUAACCGAGCCGAGUGUUGAAACUAAUGAAACACCAAAAAUUGAUUCCGAUGAAAGUACGGAUAGCAUUGCGGCCGAAAUUGCUGCUAGCAAAAUCGAUACACACACAUCGGCCGAAUCAAUGGCCCAGAAACGACCAUAUCAAUACACACUUAGCGCCGGUUCGAUUGACUACAACAAAGUCCCUGAAGCUGAUGCUCUGAAACGGUCACAAAUUCCAUCGGAAAAUGAGAUGAAAGCAACGGAGCAGCCGUCUGUUAUGUUUCCUUUCUUACGAGAAAUUCCGAACAAACCGCCUCCACCGUAUCCAGUGCAUCGACAACUGCCCAUAACACCUCCAUUUCCAUGUGAUGACCGUAUCAAGGAGAUUGUUAAUCGACGCGUUGAAGAGUUGUACAUGAAAUUGAAUUCCACUCAAUCACCCGAAACUCCGGUUCGCAGUGAUGCAACAUUUGUGAAAUCACCAUCGCUAUCCAUCACCAGCCCCCAAUCACCGGCCGUUCAAGAGGAGACAAACGUUUUCGAACGCAUAAUUCUGGCGAGUUGUGAAGAAAUUAUGCAGGAAAUCAGUGUGCCCGAACAACAGUUGGCCGCCGAUUUUCGAUUGCCACUCGAAUUCUACAAUCCACCGGAUCGAUUAAAGUGUUUCCAACAGCAUACGAUAAAACGUAUUUUCAAAUUACUUAAUCGAUCAAGUGAUGCGUCCAAUGGGAGUGUUGGUGAUGGUGACGCAAAAUUAUACACCGGAUUACGCUCAUUUUUACCGUCACAAGUAGCCCAAUUAACGUUUAAUAAUCGCCGCAAACGCGAUGCUGUGGAUGAAAUACUGAUUCAGGAACUGUACGAAGACGAGGCACGAUGGACCAAUUUCGAUUUGGAGGAGAAAGAAAUACGGGAUAGUGUGACUGAUUUGAAAACACUAUUGGCCGACGAUUCAUCGGGUGCACAUGAAACUAGCAUAAAUGCAACAAACACCGAAUGAACUUUGAAGAAUUUUUUUUUUUUUAAUUAAUUUUAAGGUUAAUUUUUUUUUCGUCCACGUUUUGGUAGUCGUUUUACCAAUAUUGCAUUUGUAGUACUAUUCCAUCAUUUUAUUGUCAUUGCUGAUUAAUGAAUUGUUUUUUUUUCUAUUUUUUUAUGUUUUUUUGUGAAGUUUUAAAUUGAAAAAUCCAUAAAGUAUAUACACAGACAUAAUGCACGAAAUUUUUUAAAGAAAGUAUAAAAAAAACAUUUUCAAACAGGCUAGGUUUACUAUUAGAAUCACAGACAAGCGGAAAAAUAAAUGAAAUAAACCAUUA